AUGCCUGGCACUGCUGUUACAGUGAUUGGAUUCAAACUCAAGAUUUUUUUCGCUUAUCACAUGCAGUGUGUUUAUAUUGUUGAUCCACGUAUAAUGCAGCUAAAACUUCUGAGAAAUGCUAAAAUGAUGGUUGUAAGAAAAAAUUAUUACGAAGAAGCCACAGAAACAUACAUCGGCUGCUAUCGAGAAGUUCUUGCAGUGAAUGCUGGCAUCGUUGACUCCUACGAAGGCUGUAAAAUGUUAUGCCGGAAUGAAGUUACGCCCUACAUAGCUUUGCAUGAAGGAAAUGAAUGUUAUUGCGUGGCGAGGGCUAAGUACGCUGUGAAUUCUAAAUUCUGCAAUUUGAAAUGUAAAAGUGGAGAAGAUGGUUGCGGUGGAGAUAAGUACUACUCACUUUUCUCCAAGAAUAGAGAGGCGCGAACUGACGUUCCUAUGCCUCCAUCAAAUGAAAAGCUUCCAUUGUAUUUUAAAAAUAAUAAAAUAAAUAAAUGA